CUUCUACCAUUUCCCUCACCUCAACCCACAACCCCAAACCCAAGCCAAAAUGGCAUCAAUAAUGCCCCCAAUCCCCCGCUUCUUCUUCCUCUACAUCGAGCCUUCUCUCUGCUUCUUCGGCGGCGCCUUCCAACCAGUCCUCAACCCCCACUCAAUCACCACCCUCCUCCCAGCCCCCCUCGCCGGCCGCCACACCACGGAUCCGAACCCCACGCCCCUGGAAACGAUGCUAGCGCUGCAGAGCGCGACGCUGAUGUUUAUGAUUGCCAUGGUUACUGUUAUUGUGAUGGUGUUUGCGAAGGAUAGGGCGGUGGUGAGGGGGUAUGUGGUUGCGAGUGCUGUUACGGAUUUGCCGCAUUGGGCAAGUUUUGCUUAUGUUCUUGGGUGGGAGGGGUUGAGGCAGUGGAGGACGUGGGAGGCGCCGCUUUGGAUGCAGUUACUUGUCCCUGUCUUUACGCUGAUGUUCAAGCUGGGUUAUCUCAGUGGUGCUUUUGGUGAGGAUAGAGUACCAGAGAAGAAGGGCAGGAAGGAGUUGUGAAAUGGGAGUUGUGGGGACUGGGGAACGAUAUCGAAUUUGGAUAGAGUGAGCGAUGGAAUUUGUGACAGAAAAUGAUUUAUCUCUCAGGUUGUGAGUAUCACCAGUUCAAGACGAGGAUUUAUUUAAUAUUUUAUUGUUCUGGAUCAAUUCGUUCUCUACAUCUCUGAGUUGCCUCAGUAGAUACUUGAUAUUGGCCAUCCUUCUAUGAUGGCAUGUACAC